CAGGUAUCAUCUAGUACAAGUAGUACAAAAGCAUCUCCUGAAACCAUUAAAGCAGCCAUCUUCUUUAUGUUUGUGAGACUGCUUCAAAAGCUGUUUCAGGUGUCUCUACAAGUAUGUGCAAACACAUAUCAUUUCACUGCAUAGCACUAUACAAUAAAAUGGGAAUAGUUCCCAAAAUAGUUGCACCUAUGGCUAUUUUCAUGCGUCUUUUGGAGAUGGUGGGGUGGAGGCAGUGCUUUUACAAUUUUGCAUGUCGCAUGAUAUCUUUUUUAGUGUUUCACAGCCUUAAUCUGCGAGCCUCUUCAAUCCACGAUGCCAGAAGGGCAAUGAUUCUCAUUUAUAGAGCAGGCAUUCACAGUGUGCAAUCUGACAGGUCACAGGUAGAGACAAGCUCAGUCUUGGCGUGACAGAGACAGAAAGGAAAACAUGAAGAAAGCAGGACACCAGAAAGGGAGCAGGGAGAGGCUGGGGAAGAUUCCCGGUGACCCUAGUUCCUCAUUCUCUCAUUCCUUGAGCAGAAACUUGGAGAGAUACUUAUCCCCAGCCUCAGUGAAACAGUAUCUAAGCACCAUAUAGUACGGAUUCCCAUCGUCUCCUCGCAACUUCGCUUGCCCAAUCAAAAAAACGGCCCGAAAUGACCGAGUCUCCAAAAAUUUCUUAGUACGGGGAGGUGGCACCUCCUCCUUCCAUUGGCUCCGCUGUCCCUGGCGUCGCCAUAAAUGCCUUUCCCUAGAGUUCCCCGGCCUCCUCAGCAGAGAUACCUUUCAGGCGGGCGGGAGCGCGCUAGUGGCAUUUGCCGUCGCCUGUUCCGGGCUCCCGGGCGACGCGCACUUCAGCCAGGCUCGUGUGUGGCGCUGCUGUCUGCCUCCCCCCGCUUUGGCUGUUUCCGAGGGAGAUUCGGGUAUCUCCGGCUGAACCUGCAUCUAUUGAAUGGUCCCAGGGUAGUCAUGAACCAGGCCCCGGACCCCAGUGGCCCCGAGCAGCCUGAGAGAGAUGCCCGAGGCUCGGCUCAUUUCCCGCCGACUGCCGACAGCGGUCUCGUCAGGGGGAUGCCUCAGACGCCCAACCUGCCCCAACUCGUGCAAAAUGCUGCCAAACUUCUGGACAAGAAUAUAUUUACUGUCAACACCGCAAAUCCACUGCUUCCUUCUUCUGCAAGUCUUCAGCUGGCUCAGCUUCAAGCACAGCUUACACUACAUAGAUUAAAAUUGGCUCAGACAGCAGUCAACAACAACACAGCAGCUGCAACUGUCCUGAACCAGGUUCUUUCUAAAGUGGCCAUGUCUCAGCCACUUUUCAACCAAUUAAGACACCCUUCCAUGUUUAAUACCCUUCCAGGGCAUGCUGGUGGUCCUGGGGCCACCAAUACUAGAUUUCCAUCUGGUGGAAUACAUUUUCCAACACAGAACCCACCUUUGGCAGCCCAAGGUGGAACCCUGGCAUCAGUAAGUAACCUUUCAAAUCAAAAUGUUAGUACUGUAGUACUAAACCCUUUUGGGGGUGUAAUUUCUCAAACUGCUGGACAACAAGCUGUAUCUAUGGGUCUAAAUAAAACUAGUGCCUCCUCUACUACAGGUGGAUUUUAUGAUUACAAUAAACAGAUAUUCCCCUCUGAUGCUGGUCAAUGCGGUCAACAGAGCCUUAUAACCAGUGGUUCUCAUCCAGUCCCAGUGUCAUCUGGAAAUGGAAUGUCUGAAGGCCAACUGGGAUUUCAGAAAGAGUUUUAUGGAACUGUGUCUAAAGGCCAGCAUACAACCUGUACACAGUCUUUGACAUUUGCUGCUGACUCUCAAAAUUCUCAUCAGAAUCAAAAAGGAAAGAUGGGUUCUAUAGUACAUGAAAGAGAAACAAAUAAUCAAUGGGAAAAUCCUUCUACUUUCUCUAGCCAAAAUAAAAUUGACAUGCCCAGUGCAAAUAUGUGGCCAUCAACAAAUGUCCCCUAUGAAGUAAGGAGCGAUCUCUAUAACCCCGAGGAACCAACACCAGACACAAAAUUUAGUGCUGGUACUCCACGUUUUUUCAGCAAAACUAAAAAUGGUAAACAGAAUUAUAGUAAUUCACAAACAAGACAGAAGCAGGAACCUGUUACCUCUGGAUUGCCAGUGAGGCCUCUUCAGUCCAAUGAAUUAAACGACUUUCAUAGUAUUGUACCUCUUUGCUUCCCUCACAUUUGUACCUUAUGCAGUAAGAAGGUAUUUGAUCUUAAGGACUGGGAUCAACACAUUAAAGGAAAUCUUCAUGUUCAGAAUUGCUUGACUUUCUCAGAGAACACUGAUAUUCAUUGUAUGUUGCAUUCAGCAGCAGAAGGAGUAUUGCAUUCUUCCUCCCCAAAUAAUAAAACUGUGUUUAAUCUGUCUAGUACUGAAGAUUAUCCUUUAAAUGCUGAGUCUUAUAAUUCUGCAUCUUCAUUUGGCCAGUCAAGUUCGUCAUUCUCUUACGUACCACUUGGUGGAAAUGUUCUACAAAGGAAAUGUGUCCCAGGUCGUGUAGUACACAUCUGUAAUCUUCCCGAAGGAAGUUGUACAGAGAAUGAUGUAAUCAACCUUGGACUUCCCUUCGGAAAAGUCACUAAUUAUAUUCUCAUGAAAUCUACCAAUCAGGCUUUUUUAGAGAUGGCCUAUACCGAAGCAGCUCAGGCUAUGGUAGAAUAUUAUAAAGAGAAACCUGCAAUGAUAAAUGAUGAUAAGUUACUCAUAAGAAUGUCUAAAAGAUACAAAGAACUUCAACUAAAGAAACCAGGAAAGAAUGUGGCAACAAUAAUCCAAAAUAUUCAUUCUCAAAGAGAAAGAGAUAUGUUGAGAGAAGGAGACAGAUAUGGACUGGAAAGGCCUCGUUCCCGCAGCCCGAUAAACUGCUCACUUUCCCCAAGAUCACGGACUCCAAGCUUCACUUCCUGUAGUUCCCCCCGUAGCCCAUUAAGCACAAACCGAACAGAGUGGGGAAAUGGAAGAGAGCCAUGGGAUCAGUUUCCUUAUUCUCAGAGAGAGGAAGAUAAAGAAUUAUUGCCUUGGAGAGAGAAUGUGGAAGAGAAAAGAGAUAGGAAUGACAUGUGGACUCAUGAAAGAAAACAUUAUUUACGGCACCUGGACUUGGAAGAGCAUGUUGAAGCAACCCGAGGGCACAAAGAAAAAUAUUUAAGAGGGGGUUCACCCAGUGGAAAAGGGGCUUAUCUUUCGCCUGUGUAUAAGAUGAGAGAAGAAGAUUGUUACAGAAAAUCAUCUAAGCAAAAGUCUGAUAAAUAUCAAAAUCAAACACUGGAUGUUGCUUUGAAGGGCAAAAGAAAGGAAGAGACAAGAUCGAGAGAACAUAAACAUUCUCAUUGUGAAGCCACAGCUAAGGAGGAAAUGUCAGAACAAAAAUCCAUCAUGAUGCCUGACACUAUCAGGCAAAAGCAAAGCGAUAAAGACAAAUUAAAAGACAAUGCUAAAAAGGCAGAGAACAUGACACCUGGUAUAGCUGAAAGAAAUAAUGUAAAGAAAGGAAAAGGUAUAGCCGAAAGAAAUAAUGUAAAGAAAGGAAAAGAAAAUGGAAAUGAAAAUGAGGACUGGGAGAGCGGAAGUGACAUGGAAGCGGAAACUUGGUAUCCAACCAAUAUGGAAGAGCUUGUAACUGUUGAUGAGGUAGGAGAGGAUGAUCUUAUUAUGGAACCCGAUAUAACUGAACUUGAAGAAAUAGUAACUGUAGGUCAGGAAGAGGAAGAAUGUUCCCUAAGGAGUACCUUAGUUGCUGGAUUGGAAGUAAAGAAUGAACACAGUUUAUUAAGUACAAAGGAAGACAAAUCUGAUAUAUUGGAAGCCACCAUAGAAUCAGAGAAAGAAAAUGCAGAUGUAAGUGGCUCUGAAGGUAAUAAUACAGUGACUAAAGUAACCCAUCUAAACUCUGAUACUGAAGAUAAACCAGAUGAAUUGCAUGAAAUUAGAUCUGAAGAGCAUUCAGAUCAUCAUGAUAAUGACAGAAAAAUAGAUGAAAGUUCUAAUUUUCAGUUAAAACUGGAGACGCAGUACAUAUCUUCAGAUCCUUCAAAGGAACAAUCCUUCCAGCAGAGUGACAAACUUGUAGAUGAUUAUAAAGAGAUAGAAACUCUGGAAAUCAGGAAUAAUGAAGAUAAGGAUAUCCUAGCAAAAAAAUCUCAAGAAGAAAGAAACAAUGGAAGUGAGGAAAAGCCAAAGACUCAAGCAAAUUGUAGGUAUACAGAAAUAAAAACUCCUGAUCUCCCAGAAGUUGAAUCAAAAAAGUUGUAUUUUUCACCAUCGUGGGAACAAGAUGAUGUAUUUACGGAGCUCAACAUUCCACUAGGUGUGGAAUUUGUUGUUCCCAGAACUGGCUACUACUGCAAACUUUGUGGACUUUUCUACACAAAUGAAGAUGCAGCAAAAAUUCAUCAUUGUAGAAGUACUGUUCACUAUAAAAAUCUGCAGAAAUACCUAUCACAGCUUGCAGAAGAGAAUCUGAAGAUGAAUGAAAAAGAAAACAGCUCAGCCCAAGAUGAUACUGGAAUUGUCCCUCACUUCGAGGAGAAAAGGCUAUGAUUUUUUUUUUAUCAGGUUUGUAACUUGCUGAUUUGUUUGCUGUUCUCAAUGAUGCACCUUUAGUUUGCACUUUAGCGAAGAAAGGAAAUCAUUAUUAGCUUUUUCUGGCAGCGACACUGAGAGCACCAUUAAAAAUAUAAUCCCUGCAAUAUAAUAAAGCACAAGUGACCUAUCUAUAAGUAGUAGCAUCCAUUUUUCCAUAAUGGAUACUGUUCUUUCUAAAUCAGAAUUCUCAGGGAUUUUUCUCCAUGUUACUUGUGUUACAACCUCAGCUGGUCCAUGAAUGAGGAUUAUUUGGAAAAAGAAACGAUCUGAAUGAAAACUUUGCAUUAGUACUUUUGUUCAAUGACCAUGCUCAGUAAUAUGCUACAGCUUACAUUACAUAGCGGAUGGUCCUUGACCUACAACCAUUUGUUUGUGACUGUUCAAAGUCACUGAAUGGCACUGAAAAAAGUGACUUGACUGGUCUUCAGACUUACGACCAUCAUAGCAUCACAUGGUUAUGUAACAAACUUCAAGUACUUGGCAACUGGCAUGUAUUUAUGACAGUUGUAGCAUCCUUGAUCAUGUGUUCACCAUUUGUGACCUUUCUAGCCAGCUUCCAACAAACAGUCAGUGGGGAAGCUAGAUUCACUUAAUGAC